GUCAAAGUUUGUUUACCAGCCAUCUUUGAUUUCUUAUUGCCAGCCAAUUAUUGUUUUUGAAAUUUGGAAUCCGUUACUAAUAAAUUAGAAUUAAAAUAAUGAAAAUUUAAAAUUUUAUUAUUUAGUUUAAAAUAUGAGAAGGGGGGAAAAAUGGCAAAAAAAGAGCUUGUAAAAGUUGUAAAACAAAUCCGUUUUAGCAGCUUUAAUUUUUUCUUGAAAAUUAUAAGAGAUAUUUAUUUCUACGCUAGUCCUUUGUGUUUUUUUAUUUGGGGGUGGAUUUGUGGAUUCAUUUAUAAAAUACAAUAAAAUUGAGGACUUUUUGGUAAUUUUACCGAAAAAUGUAAAACCUCGCCAAAGCCCUUUGUCUCUGGUCAGCGUUUUCCCUAGCCUAGGCCAUUACCUUCGUAUUUCUAUUCCCGACCAUUUACGGCUGUGCUGGCUCUCUCUAUAAUGGCUUCUCGCUGUAGAUCUCUCUCAAAGCCAUCUCUCUCGUUGUUCAAAUUUGUCACAACCAAACCUUCUGCUAAUCCCAGACCCAUACCUUCUCUUCCCACCACCCGCUCUCCUCUCACGCUUUCAAGGUCUGUUUCUCAGUUGGGUUGUGUACAGUCUCUGCUUCCCCUUCACUCUGCGGUAUCUUCUGCUCGGCUCACCUCUUGCCUCGGUAUUGAUUCCAGGAGCUCAAGGUCAUUGUCUCAGGGUAUGCUCUGCAGUGCAAACCCAGGAGUUUGAUAUCUCCAAUGUUUUGUAUUUAGUAUCUAAUUGGGUCUCAGUGUGCCGCGAUAAGAGAUAUUGAAGACGAGAAGAAUAUAGAGUUUGAUAUCCCCAAGAGUUCACGCUCUCUCUUAACAGACUUAUUUUCCAUCUUCUGCUGGAAGUUAUUUUUUUGAUUGCCCAGAGUAUGAUUCAAGAGUUCAAAUCUGUGACUCAUCUUGUUUGCUGUAAUUGUUUAAACUCCCUUUAAAUUCAAUUUACCUUCUUGUGGAUUCUCUUGUUAGUACACUAGAAUUCUGUUCCUUAGUGAAUGAAAAAAUAAUUUUCA